AUACAUUGUAUACAGGAAGUGUGACUGCAGUCACGUGACGUGCAACGGCAACACACAUUUCAGUAUUUUCUUUAGGUGUCCGGCUGUAGAGACGUCCAGCGGUGAGCUCCAGCAUGGCUACGGCGUUAGAAGCCUGGUACAUGGACAGCUGCGAUGAAGAGGACCAGAGAAAGCCGCACAGACUGAACCCAAACCGGCCCGUUUCCCUGGACGACUUGAAAAAGCUCGGGGUUUUUCACUGGAAGCUGAAUGCUGAUAUCUAUGAAACAGACCCAGAGCUGGAGCAGAUCCGUAAAGACCAAGGCUACUCCUAUAUGGAUAUUAUCUCCAUUCACAAGGACACACUACCUAACUAUGAGGAAAAGCUCAAGAUGUUCUUUGAGGAGCACCUGCACUUGGAUGAUGAGAUCCGCUACAUCCUGGACGGCCAUGCCUACUUUGACGUCCGGGACAAAGAAGACCGAUGGAUCCGAAUCGCCAUGAGCAAGGGGGACCUGAUCACCCUGCCGGCCGGCAUUUACCACCGCUUCACCCUGGAUGAGAAUAACUACACCAAAGCCAUGAGGCUGUUUGUGGGGGAGCCAGUGUGGAAAGCUUACAACCGGCCCGCUGAUGACUUUGACGUCCGCCAGAAGUACACGGCUUCUCUGCAGGGAUCCUGAGAGACAGCUGUGUGAUUCCAUAUGACCACUACUGACACUACAAUCAGAGCCUCUAAUGGGAUUCUGUAGGUUUACAGUCAAAAUGUUGAGAAAAAUGUUGUGGAUCAUUAAAGAUCUCCUGUAGCAGAGCAGUCAUAUUAUGCACUAAUAUGCUUUUUAGUGGCAAAUUAAAUUACAUGUAGACAAUA